AUGAAGCUCGUUACCCUAGUCCCAUUCACAGCCCUCGCCCUAGGCCUGGCAAGCAGCUCGCCCGGUAUCACCGUGGCUGCCUCACCCGCAUCCAUCCCCAGCCACCAGCAAGCAGCGUUCCUCCCGACCACCUUCGUGGCACGUAACGCAGACGGCCGAGCGACGGAAGACGCUUAUGGCGACCCUUCGUACGAUUACCCGGCACCCAACCCGGCCCUGCCUCUGGAUCAGCUGCCCGAUGCGCGUCCACCCGUCUCGUCCCGGCGGUUCCGCUCCCGUCUGGUCGAGGCUGAGAUCCGCCGCAUCAGCGCUAAGAUCACCGACCCUGCGGUGAAGCGCAUCUUUGCAAACGCGUAUCCGAACAGUCUGGAUACGACUGUGGCAUGGACUGAUCUGCAGCUCAACAACCCAGACUCCUUGACUGCCUUCCCUCGAGCGUUUAUUAUCACGGGCGACAUCCUCGCUGCGUGGCUGCGCGACUCGUCGAACCAGAUCUUCACGUAUCUGCCCCUGCUGCAGGCUCCGCCCGAGCCGUAUACAGUGGGAGGGGAGGACUGGCUGAAGCUGUAUCGGCUCGCGUUAGGGCUGCUGUACCAGCAGGCACAGCAAGUGAUCACGUAUCCGCUGGCCAACUCGUUCGGCCCGCCCAAGAGUGCUACGAUCACGAACAAGAAGAAUCCCGCGGUGGGCGACGGGGAGGACGCGGACUGGGUGCAGCCUCCCGUGCCCGGUCAGAAGGCACACUACCCGCCGCAGCCCCCGAGCAACUACAGUAAUGUAAACGGCACAGACGGCACAUACCUCUGGGAAACUAAAUGGGAAGUCGACUCGCUGGCUGCACACUUGCGUCUACCUUCGCUCAUCGCAGAGUACUCGAACCGCACCGAUUUCCUGCGCAACAUGAUCUGGCAGCGCGGCGUGCGCAUCGCGCUGGAUGCACUGCGCUCGCAACAGCGCAGCUCGCGAGAGGAGCACACAGCAUACGAUGCGUCCAACGGUACCACUGUCUUACCGACCAACGUGAGCGCGGAUAGCGAGUGGGCACGACGAUUCGGCGAGCUCGAAGGAGGCGUGUACCGGUUCCAGCGGCUGGCCCGCUCGGCGACCGAGACGAAGGCGGACAAGGGGUGGGGUGAGCCAGCACUGCGCAACGGGUUGGUAAAAAGCGGCUUCCGGCCGUCAGACGACGCUACGACGUUCCCACACCUUAUCCCUGCAAACGCGCAGCUCGCGGUGGCCCUGGAAAAGCUCGCCCCGCUGCUCGAGGGCAUUGACGCGAUGAAAGACGUCGCUGUCAACGCGCGCGAUUUCGCCGCCGAGAUCCGCACUGCCAUUGCCACCUACGCCAUCCGCCCCAACCACCUCGCGCAGGGCGGAGACAUCUACGCGUACGAAAUCGACGGCUACGGCUCCACCUACUUCGCCGACGACGCCAACAUCCCCUCGCUCCUCUCGCUACCUUACUUGGGUUACCUCGAUGCGAGCGACGAAGUGUAUCAGCGAACGCGCGCCUUCGUCCUCUCCCCGCACACAAACAAGUGGGCUUUCGCCGGGCCCCAGUUCCGCGGCAUCGGCGGCCCCCAUGUCGGCACCGGCUACGCAUGGCCCAUGAGCCUCACCAUGCAGAUCCUCACUUCGACAGACGCCCAGGAACAGCUCGACGCUCUGAGCUUGUUGAGGAACACCACGGCGGGCACGGGCCUCAUCCACGAGUCGAUCAACGUGCGCAAUGCCACGGACUUCACCAGGCCCUGGUUCGGCUGGGCGAAUGGGUUGUUCGGCGAAGCGGUGAGGCAUAUCGAACAGACCAAUCCCCAGGUGCUGUUGCACACUUACUGA